AACAGUUGCAACACUUCCAAUUAAUGGCAAUUUAAAGGGAUUAUUACAAAUAAUAAACGCUUUAUAUAUAAACCAUCAUAAGAAAUUUAGAAAAUAUCUGGCACCCUGUCAAUAUUGUAUAACAAACAUCAAGUACUAAUUUUGAAGAGCUUUGAUAAAAACAGUUAUUUUAAUCAAACUGUGCCAUAAGUACCAGUGGGUCAUCGCAUAUUUACAAUGGACUUCAACAAUAAAGUCGUUAUUGUCACAGGUGCCAGUUCUGGCAUAGGUGCUGAAACAGCAGUACAUUUUGCCGAAUUGGGUGCACUUCUAACCAUCGUGGGACGUAAUUUAGAGAAACUCAAAGAAGUAGCAGAAAAGGUAACAAAAGCCAAAGGCAAUGAACCACUGCUGGUACAAGCUGAUAUGAACAAAGAAGACGAUGUGAAGCGCAUUGUAAACGAUACACUAUCCAAAUAUAAUAAAAUCGAUGUAUUGGUUAAUAAUGCUGGAAUAUUGGAAACCGGUACCAUUGAAAAUACCAGCCUUGAGCAAUACGAUCGAGUUAUGAACACAAAUAUACGUUCAGUAUAUCAGUUAACCAUGUUAGCUGUGCCAGAAUUAAUAAAAACAAAAGGAAAUAUUGUAAAUGUUUCGAGUGUGAAUGGCAUACGUUCUUUUCCGGGUGUGUUGGCUUACAACAUCUCCAAAGCUGCUGUUGAUCAAUUCACACGCUGUGUUGCCCUUGAACUGGCCUUGAAGGGUGUCCGCUGCAACGCUGUUAAUCCCGGUGUGGUUAUUACAGAAAUACAUAAACGUGGUGGCAUGGAUGAGGCCACCUAUGCUAAAUUCUUAGAACAUUCACGUACCACUCACGCCUUAGGUAGACCAGGUGAAGUUCGCGAAGUAUCGAAUGCUAUUACCUUUUUGGCAAGUGAUUGUGCUAGUUUUACUACUGGUGCUAGCUUACCUGUUGAUGGUGGUAGACAUGCUAUGUGCCCACGUUAAGUUUUUGUAUACGAGAAGCUAUUAAAAGCUUAAAUGUUAUAUUGCACAGAUUUGCAUUUAUUUCUAAAAUAAAUUUAUUAUGUGCUCAUUUUA